GUAGAAUCUUCUGAAAUGUAUUUACGUUUGCGCAUCGUUGCCAUUGUAUUUAACAUGACAGUAACACGAAGCAUACGUCGAAUAAAAUCAUUUUGACGACGUUCAUCUUGAUCUGUUAUUUGUUCAAAUAACGUAGAACACGUAAUACUUGCACGUUUACAAGAUGCACAUCGUAUUCAAGUCUCGAAAGUACAAUGUUUUUCGAAUUUAGGUGUAGCUAUUGUUCAUUUAGCGAAACAGGAAGAUAAAGAUUAUUUAGUUAAUAAAUUACAAUGUGUUAUACUAUUUCCCAAUGAUGGUAUUCAGGUAACUUGUACCGAACAACUGGAAGUAACAUCUUAUAUAGUUCUGGAUGAAAAUCAAACAGUAUCUAGUAUUGAUGCAAUUGCACGACGAUGGAUAGAUCUAUUUCCUUCAACUCAUCGUCCACAAUUUCAAACAUUAUCAAUACAAUUUCCUAACAUAAUCAAAGUGACAUCAUUCUCAAUUGAAGAAUUACAAGCUGUUACCAAAUUUCGAGUUUUUCAGAUCGAAGAUCAAGUGGCACGCAUUCACACUCAUGUUGAUUGUAGCUAUCUUGAAGAACUACCUCGAUCACAACCAAAACUCGAUGAGAAUCGAAUAUUUUGUUUUAUUGCAACACAACUUAACAUGUCCGAUCGUGCACGUAUAGAUAAAGACUUAUGUCAAGAACAAGCUAAUACUCUUUUUCAACAGAUUCAAUCACUUCCUCUGCCUUUGAAACAAUUAAAAUCGCAGAUUUAUAUUCGAUAUAAUGAACAAUCUUCAAAUGCAAUUAUUCUGGCUUCAAAUUCGUUGUAUCAAUGGGUCUUGAUGAAGUGUUAG